AUAUAAAUAAGCAGCGAGAAGCUAUUGGGUCCGAGUCUCUUUGAAUUUUAUGAAGCGGUUGUAUCUUGGUGGUGCCCCAAGCAGCCGAAACGAACCGCCAACAGAGAACAUCACCAUCCUCAGUUGGCCAAAAACCAUUCUUUUGCCUUUUACCUCCAGUGGAUUACCUUUGCCCUAAAAAUAUAUAACUAACCAACAAGCAACGCAGAUAAAACUGUCAAGUGAACACAAACAUCGAGUUGAACAAACCCAUGAAGUGCGCGAAAUGUUGAGCUACGUGUAAAAGCGAUUUAAAGGAUCUUAUAACUCUGUGAGAUACAAAUCAAAGAUACAAAUCGAAAGCAGAAAGAAAGUGGCUAGUGAUCCCCCGGAAUUCUUCGCAGAGUUCUAAACGACGAAAUCCGUUCUGUUACUUACGUGAAAAAGGUAUGUAAGCUCCAUUCCAGAUGACAUUUUAGCCAAGAAUCCGGAUGGGCACAAGUUACAACCACAAGAUGACCAGAAGACGUUCGAGUCCGCCGGGACUCGAGGAGCUGCUGUAUCUGGCGCUCGUCCUGCUGGCCAUGGCUUUGAUACCCACACAAGCCGCCCCGGUCCAGGAGUACACGGAGAUCCAACAGUAUUCGGAGGGCUGCUACUACAACUACGCGCAUUACCAGGAGGGCGACCGCAUCAUGACCAAUGAGCCAUGUCUGAACUGCACCUGCCACAACCGCAUGCUGAUGUGCUACCUGCGCGUCUGCCCCUUCACCAAGCCCAUUGGCCACGACUGCAUCGUGGAGAAGCGGGAGGACCAGUGCUGCCCCAUCAUCACUUGCCCAGAAGUGCCCGUGGACGUGCCGUACCACACCCCGGAACCCGGAACCGAACUGAGCAUCCCCGAGAAGUUCGGCUGCAGCAUCGAGGAGAAGUUCUAUCCGGAGGGCGCCCAGGUGCCAUCGAAUCCCAAUAAGCCCUGCGAACUCUGCUACUGCAUCAACAACCAGACCAAGUGCGUCAUGCAGGAGUGCACGCUGCAUGUGGACGGCUGCCUGCCCAUCUACAACAAGGGAUCCUGUUGCCCCGUGCGCUACAGUUGCGACCAUGAGAACGAGUUGGACUUUGUGGAUCAGUCGACCACGACGACAACCACUACUGUGCGACCCACCACUGGAUUCGUUCUGGCCGGCACCAUGACACCACCCACCACCACGGACUGCAUCCACGACGGCGAGAUCUUUGCGGACGGAGCCUCCCUGAAGGGCAAGAAUGCCUGCGAGCACUGCUACUGCAUGCGCGGCGACAUCGUGUGCGCCGUCCAGGAGUGCGAGGUGCCCAUGAUGGCGGCCAAUGGAAAGUCCUGUCGCGCCAUGCCAGCAGCCGAGGGCGAGUGUUGUCCGAGCAACUACGUCUGCGAGGACGACAGUGCCACCACCGAAAUUGUUGAGAUCACUACGCCUGAGGGUGUUACUUCGGCUCCGGCCAAGGGCAUUCAUGCCGAGAUUCCCAAGGAGGAUCUGGAUCUGCAGGAACACAUCGAUGACGAGGACAAGGAUAAGGAGACCGCCACCAUUCCUGCCGCCGAGCUGGGCAGCGGUGAGGCUGAGGAGGAGGAAGAGGCCAAGGAUAAGAUCACCACGGUUGCACCAGUGCAAGUUACGGAAGAAAAGGACGUCACCUUCGAGCCCGAAUCCUCCACCGCCGGCAUUCCCUCUGAUUCCAGGAUCGACUUGCCGUCGUCCACCGAGGAAUCGAAGGAAUCUUACACUGAAGCUGCCGAGGAAGAUAUCGCUAAGAUCGUCACCACUCCAGAGCCCGAGGGUAGCGGCGAAGAGGAUGUGUCUAAGCCUGCCGAGAUUCCCGAAAAGGAAGUCACUGAAGAUGAAAUCAUCAAGGUCAGCACUUCUGCCCCAGCCAAGGCCAGUCCUGAAGAGGAAGUGGUCAAGGCCACCACAUCAGCGCCAACGGAGGAAGACGUCAAGCCGACAACCGCCGGAACAACUAGCGAGGAAGAGGGCAAGCCCACGCCUGCAGAGGAAGGAAGCGGUGACGAGGAGAAGGAUGUCAAGGUCACUGCUGCGCCAGAGGAAACCGAAGAUGAAGCCAAGCCCACUUCAGCCCCAGUGGCAAGCGAUGAAAAGGAACAGGAGCCCAAGCCAAGCGAGGGCAGUGGUGAUGAGCAGCUGGAUGUCAAGCCCACAACAGCUCCAACGGCAGGUGAAGCGGAUAAGGAUGCUACUCCAGCUCCUGCAGAAAGUGAGGAGCAGGAUGAAGGCCAGUCUACUGAGGCUCCAACCUCAAUCGAUGACGUUGAGCCAGCCAAGCCAACUGAAUCCUCAGAGGAAGCUAGCGGCGAGGGAGGGGAUAUUGCUAAGGAAACCACACCUGCUGGAGAGGAAGAGAUCGUUAAGGGAACUACACCAGCUGGAGAACUUAGCAGUGAAGGCGAAGAGGAGAUUGUUAAGGGAACCACACCUGCCGAAGAAUCCAGUAGUGAAGCUGAGGAUGAGAUCGCCAAGCCAACCACACCUGCUGGAGAACCUAGCCUUGCGGAAGAGGAGGAGAUCGUCAAGGGAACCACUCCGGCCGGAGAACCUAGCCUUGCUGGAGAGGAGGAGAUCGUCAAGGGAACCACUCCUGCCGGCGAACCUAGCCUUGCUGGAGAGGAGGAGAUCGUCAAGGGAACCACUCCUGCCGGCGAACCUAGCCUUGCUGGAGAAGAGGAGAUCGCCAAGGCAACCACACCAGCCGGAGAACCCAGCAUUGAUGAAGAGGAGAUUGCCAAGGCAACCACACCUGCCGGAGAACCCAGCAUUGAUACAGAGGAGAUCGCCAAGGCCACCACCCCUGCUGGAGAAUCUAGCAGUGAAGGCGACGAGGAGAUCGUCAAGAUCACCACCCCUGCAGGAGAACCUAGCAGUGAAGGAGAAGAGAUCGUCAAGGAAACCACCCCUGCCGGAGAACCUAUCAGUGAAGGCGAAGAGGAUGUCAUUAAGGCCACCACUUCAGCUCCCAAAUCCGACGUCGAAGGCGUCAAGGAACCUGAAACAGCCACAGAAACUCCAGCAGCAGAAGGCGACGACUUUGCCAAGCCCACAACGCCAAUCGCUGAGGCUGAGGAAGAACCCAUUACCGGAACACCCAUUCCAUCCGACGGUAUCACUGGCGAAGAGGAGAUUGUUAAGGCCACCACUCCAAAGACCCUGGAAGAGCAGCCUGAAACUAGUGAAGAGUCUACCGAGGUGCCAGUCGCUGAGGACGCUCUUUCGAGCUCGACAAGUGCUCCAGCAAUUGCCUCCUCGACCGAAGGUGUCCAGGAUGUUGCCAUUGAAACGACUUCCAGUGCACCUGCCCGAGCUGGAGACAAGGAGGAAGCAGGCACCACUGUGCCUACUGCCGAGGACAAAGACGACGUUGCAGAGGUUGAACAGGAUGCCACAGACUUGCCAGUCGAAGAUACACUCCAGAGCACAACUGCAAGGACUACUACCACCGAGCAGUCCAAGGAGGAGUCCUCCACUGAGGCUGAGGACGCUGAAAUCGAAGUUACAACCAGUAGUCCUGUCGAUACACAAGAGGUGUCAGAAGCUGAACCAGCAGACAAGGAUCAUAAGGACGAGGAAGCUGUACAGACCGCCACUGAUCUGCCAAUCAAAUCUGAUAUUGUGCCACCAGUUGACGAUACCGAAGCUACUACGAGUCUGCCUGAAACCAGUGAAGAGAGCGCUACCGAUAAGCCACCAUCUGUUUAUCUGCCUCCUGGCGGAGAGAAGGAAUCUGAGAAAGAAGAGGGAGCUGCUACGGAGCCCUCUGUCCAAGAGGAACCAUCCAAGCCUGUGGAGAUCACUCCAGUGUCCCAGGAAGUCCCAUCCAGCACUGCUAAAGUUGACAAUCGCAAUGACUUCGAAACGGAGAAACCAACCCUGCCACCAAGUGGUGAUGAUCAGAGCUUCGAGCCCCUGCCCGCCAUGGAUCUGCCCGCUGGUAUUCCAGGCGAAGGAGACUGUCUGGUGGAGGGCAAAACCUACGCCAACAACACCAUCGUUCCCGCCACCGCACCCUGCGACGUGUCCUGCAGAUGUAUCAGCAGCCUCGUGGCCUGCCAACAGAUGGAAUGCAAGUUGCCCGAGAACCUGGAGAAGUGUACCGUGGCUGCCGAUCUUGUGGAUGGUUGCUGUCCCACUUACAACUGCGAUGAGAGCCCUGAAAGUGCUGAAAAGGAUCAGGAAUCCACCGCCAAGCCCGACGAUAAGAUCGACGAGGAUGUCUCAGAGAUCAGCACUGAGGAGAUUCCCAAGGAUGUCAUCAUGCCUACUGGCAUCACUGAGCAGCCUCUUUCUCAUGUCAAGCCCGAUGAAGAGAUCCAGCCAGUGACCUCGGUUCCUCCACAGGUUGAUGAAUCUACGACUGCUAAGGUUGAUAGGAAACCCAUUGAUGUAUCCACUGAGGAUAAGAAGCCAAUCGAUGAAUCCGAGGAGGAUUCGAAACCAAUCGAUGAAUCUGAGGAGGACAAGAAACCAGUCGAAGAAUCUGAAGAGGAUAAGAAACCGGUUGAAGACUCCGAAGAGAAGGAGCAGCCAUUGCCUGCUGUCACUCCAGCGGCUGAGAUUGAGAAGGAAUCCAAGCCCGAGGACGAGAAGAAGACUGAUGGUGAAUUCGCGGCGGCCACUGAACAGCCAGAGGCUACAACUCCCGCCCAGUCAGCCGACGCCGCUGAGAAGGAGGUUGAUGACAAGCUGGCCACCACAUCUGCUCCCAUUUCCAGUGAAGAUGAGCUCCAGCCUGCCGAUGGAAAGAAACCCACUGACGAAGCGCAGAUCCCAGAUGCUGAAAUCCCUGCUAGCACCGCGGAGCCCGAGACCUCGACUGAGCUGCCCACUGCUGAUCUCGACAAGAAACCAGAGGAGGAUUCAACUAAGGUCACUGAGGCGCCUGAGUCUGAUAAGGUACCUGAAGUUCCGACCAGUGCUCCAGCUGAAGAUGAGAUUGAGGAGUCGGACAAACUCACGACUGUUGCGCCACCAAAGACUUCUGCUUCUGAUGAAGCAGAGCCCGCUAGUGAGGAAGAUCUCGUUCCUGCAACCUUUGAGCCCAUCGAAAGCGAAUUUGAAGUUGCCACCAAGAAGCCAGCCGUGCAGGGACCACCACUGCCCACUCUUGCCCCGGCUCAGCCAGAAGAGAAACCAGUCGAUGAAGAGGAUUCCACGGAGGCUGAGAUCAGCACUGAACCGAGCGCUGAAGCUGAAGAGGAAACCUCUGGUGAAACAUCCGAGUCCGACAAUAAGAUCGAUGCUGGUGCUCCUACAACUCCUGUUCCUGUUUCUGCUGAAGAGGACAAGGCUCCAAGCACUGAUAGGACUGUCGAGGACGAAGAAAAGGUCACCACUGCUGCUCCAGUUGCUAGUGAUGAUGAGGAGUCCAAUUUGCCCAAGCUACCACAAGAUAUCUUUGAAGCGGAAGUGCCUGCCGUGGUUACCACCGCUGCUCCGUCGAAGGACGAGGAUGAACAGAAACCAGUCGACGAUGGAGAGAAACCAAUCGAAGAUGCACAAAAGCCCAUUGAGGACGAAACCUCUACAUCUGCUUCAGCUGAAAAUGAGAUUGAGCCUGAAUCUGAGCGUGCAACCACUGCUACUCCUACUAAGGAAGAACCUGCCGAAGCGUCCACUGGCGCUCCUGAAUCUGAUGAGAGCAAGGAAACACCAGAGUCCGAAGUGCCCACAACUGUUGCUCCUGCUGGUGAGAAGAUUCCAACAAGCAGUAUCACUCCCGAUGAGGAACCAACUCCCACUUCUGCUCCUGCUGCCCAGCCUGAUGAAGAUGUAGAGAAAGAAACCAGCACCGAAAUACCCAUUGACACUCCUGCUUCUGAAGAGGAUGAGAGUGCCUCUACUGAACAAACUCCAUCUCAGGUGCCAGAAAGGAAACCUGAAAUUCCUGCCCAGACUCCAGAGGAGGAAGAGGAAACUGUUGGUGCAACUACUGCUCCAACGACCUCUGAUGAAGUGCCCAUUAUUCACAGACUGCCCGAGGAAGUCCUUGCCGAGAUUCCGCAACACUCGACUGAGACUGGAAGUAAGCAGCAAGACGAAACAACUGCUGCCCCAAGUGUUGACCAAAAGGAACCCUCUGUUACUGAAAUCGAUAAAGAAGCCACCACAGUCGCUCCUAUCUCUGAGAAGGAUGAGAAGCCAACUGAGGAAGAGAAACCAGUGGUGCAGCAGCCAAUUGGGGAAGAGCCAUCUGAGGAAGAGCAGGAUGUAUCCACUGAGGGACCAGCAUCUACUGAAGCCAUUGAAGAGGGUUCUACCGAAUCUUCUGAAGAAGUUAAGCCGUCGACUGAGGGAGAAGUUGCCGAGAAGCCUGAGGACAAGCAGCCCUCUUCGACUGUCCAAGCUCCAGUUGAGACAAUUCCCGAAAUCUCCACUGAACUGCCAGCUGAAGAUGCCGAAAAGCCCACAAGCGUGGCUCCUGGUGUUGCCGAGGAAGAUACCUCAGCUCCGUCCGACGAAGAGAUUCCCUCCGUUUCCGGCGAGGAUGUCGAGAGCCCAGAAGUCACAACUGCCUUCCCGCAACCUUCCGAAGAUGACGGAAUUAAGACACCCGAGGAGGCUGAGCCAUCUUCCACUGACAAGGUACCAGAAACAGAAGACCAGAAGCCCGAGGACGAGAAGAAGUCUGAUGAGACCCCUGAGUCUGCUACCCAAGUGCCUGAUGUGGCGUCAUCCACAUCGGCCCCAGUUGCUGGUGGAGACAUUGAAAAGGAGGAACAAGCCACCACUGCCUCACCUGUCGAGGAGGAGGAAGCGGAGAUCAAGCCAACUAUCGCCCCAGCUGCUGAGAUUCCUCAACCAUCCGAAAAGGAACCCGCGGAUGAGCAAGAAGUGGAGUCCGGAACUAAGGCCACCCCUGCAGAGUCUGACGAGCAGCCCAUUGACGAAGCUGUCCCUGCGACUUCUGGACCCAUCGAUGAAGCUUCCACAGCCGCUCCUACCCAGGAGGAAUCCACCUCCGCUGCUAGCGCAGCUUCGCCGGCUGUUCACGAUGAUGAAAUUAAGGAUGUCACCACUGUGCAACCAGUUGCCGAUGAAAAGGAAGUGGCUGCUCCUCAUGACGAUACAAAGACACCCAUUGAUGUGUCCACCGAUUCUCCCAUCGCCCAAGAGGAUGAGGAGCAAGACAAAACUGAGGCUCCAGUUGCACCCACCACUGUUGCAUCGCCGGUCGCUGAUACUGCUGUUGAUUCUACUACUCCUACAGUGGAGGUUCCAUCUGCUGUUGAAAUCGACACGAAGCCAAUGGAUGAUAUCAUGUCCCAGACUAUUGCUCCCCAUACCGCCGAUGAGUCUGCGUCCACGUCCACUGAAGAUGAAGACCAGUCUCGCGUUACUGCGUCUCCUCAGGAUGCUGACAAGACUCCAGUUUCCGAGGCUCCCCAGGAUUCUGAUAAGACUCCGAUCUCCGAGGCUCCCCAGGAUGCCGACGAAAUCCCAGCUACAGCGACACCUCUUGACGAAGACAAGAUUCCAGCCACUGUGGCUCCUCAGACUGAGGAUGAGGUUCCAGCUACCGCAGCUCCCCUUGAUGAAGACAAGAUCCCAACUACUGAGGCUGCUCUUGAUGAGGAGAAGAUCCCAUCCACAGCAGCUCCUCUUGAUGAUGAUAAGAGGAUUCAUGAUCCAGUUAGACCCGUUGUUUUCGAUGUCAAGCCAAGCAGCGAGAAGCCUGCUGUACCUGAGGAUGAUGGUGAAGAGAGCACCGAACCAGCUGUCCAUGAUGUGGAGACUAGCACUGAUGAGCCUGUUGGUGAUGCCAAACUGAAGCCACCUACUUCUGCGCCUGCCAUGCCAGCGGAAUCUCCAGUCACAGAGGCGGAGAUUGUGCCAGAAACUGCAGCUCCAGAGGUUGAAAAGGAGGUGCCAGAGAAGGUCACGGAACAACCUGAGCUGGAGAAGGAGGCUCCAGAGGAAGCUACCGAGCAGCCUGAGCUGGAAAAAGGAACUCCAGAGAAGGCCACCGAGCAGCCAGAGCUGGAGAAGGAGACUCCUGAAAAGGCCACCGAGCAGCCAGAGCUGGAGAAGGAGACUCCAGAGAAGGCCACCGAACAACCAGAGCUGGAGAAGGAGACUCCAGAGAAGGCCACCGAGCAGCCAGAACUGGAGAAGGAGACUCCAGAGAAGGCCACCGAGCAGCCAGAAUCGGUUGAUGAGAAGACCACUCCGGAGCCAGUCGUGAAGCCAAGCUUAGAUUCCACGGAGGAGGAUGAAGAGUCCGUUGAAUCCGAGGAAGAAUCCGCUGACAAGAAGGACAAGAACAAGGAGACAGAGGAGGAUGCUGACAAGAAGACUGAGGAGCCUGAGGUACCCGCUGUAGUAUCCGAGAUUACUCAGCCAAGUGAAGAGGCCGUUCCCACCACGGGUCACCCACUGUUCCCGCAUCUUGCCAGCAGCACCACCACGGCGCCAGGCAUUGGCGAUCGCGUGGGCGAGGAGGAUGAGGAGAACACCACUGUCAAAUUGAGCAGCUCUACCACCACCAGCACCACAGAGGCGCCUGUAACCAGCUCACCAUCGACGACGACGGUGGCCAGCCAACAGCAACAGCCGAUUACACCGCCGCCCUACGGCCACGCCCCCGAGUACGAGGAUGAGUACGACGAGGAGGAGGUGUUCGGACCCGGAACCUGCCGCUACGCCGGCAAGCUGUACGUGUCCGCCCAGCAGAUUCCACGUGACGAUCCCUGCGACUUCUGCUUCUGCUUCCGAAGCGACAUCAUCUGCUUGCAGCAAUCGUGCCCGCCGCCAAUUGCCGGCUGCCACGAGGAGCCCAUCUCCGGCUUCUGCUGCCCGCGCUACGAGUGCCCCGUGUCCAUGGCCGCCGUGCUGAACAUCACCACGAGCACCACCACCACCAGCACCACCCUGCCGCCCCACUUCCUGCACUAUUCGCACGGCGAGGCGGUGAAGCACACCGGCUGCCUGAUCAACGGCCGUUCCUACCGCGUGGGCGAGCAGAUCGAGUCCACGAGCGGUCCCUGCAUCAGCUGCACUUGCGGUGGAGACGGCAAGAUGAAGUGCGAUCCCCAGCAGUGCGUUCCCGAACCCACCAUGCAGCAGGUGAUGGCCGCCGUGGCGUCGGGACGCAAGAGAUGAACCACCAGCCAUGCUCACUAAAUAUAAUUUAACUAAUUCUUAAGCACUGCAGACAACAAUCACGAACCGACGAACCAACCAGCCCAGAUAGCACCACUCGCCAACUAGCAGCAAUAGCAAUAGCAAUAGGAAUCAUAGAGCCAGGAAACAGAAAAUGAAAAAGAAACAGAACCGGAACCAGAACCAGAACCAGAACCAGAAAUCUUAAAACCGGAAAUCCGAAACAGGAAGUCCGGAAAAGAAUAGGCGAAAAGCCAGGCCAAAUGCAAUAGUGUAACCAGAUACCAGAUGCAAUAGUGUUAGUUUUGGGUUUGCCGACAUACGCACUCUAUCAAUUGGAUUACGCCCACUUGUUUCGGAUUAGGUUACGGUGACGAAGCAACCAGUGAUAUUGUACUGUAUACAUAGUAUAGGUGCAAUUAAUUUAGACGCGCUCACUUAAAUCGAUUACUUAUUUGUAUUUGUAUGUGUACUAGUAUUUUGGGCUUGUGACCCUAGUGACAGGACAUAUAGCCACCACAGCAGCCGACGUAGCGCGUGCCUUGUAAGGUCGUUCAUUGUGCCCGCCGCCAUACAAUCGCUUUCAGGAGACUCUCAGCACCCCACACCACACCACCACACAUAGGUAGAGCGAAAAUAUUCCGGACACGGAUCGCAAUCAAUGGCGUUACGAAGCCACGGCAUUCGGCCGCCGGAUGGGAUUCUACACUUGCCCCCUCCGGCGGCUCACUCUUCUCCAAUGCGCUUUUAUAGUAUUUUAGUCACCUUAUUUUAAACAUUAUUAUUUUUGUGUAUAAUUGUUGCUUCUAGUCUUCUUUUGUUGCAAGAGCAACGGAAUCCGCCUGUAACACGCGCACAACCCGAUCGAUCGAUCGAUCGUAUCACUUUACAUCAGAUCGGAUUAGAUUAGAUUAGAUCGAAUCAGAUCGGAUCGGACCAGUUGAAUCAAAUUGAGUUGAGUUGAGUUGAGUUGAGUUGAAAAACUGUAUCUUCUAUGAACUAUUCCAAGCUUUUAUACUUUUAUAUACAGAAUACGUGUAGAGUGGAGAAACGAACGAACUAGUUUUUAUAGCAAUUUUACAAACGAACGCACGAAUUGCAUAGUUUUAACGGAUUGAAUUUGUACUUCGCCCGCUGCACCUGCACUGGCACCCGUGUCAGGUGCAAAUGAGGUGGCCAAACCGUAGUCUACAUAGAAUUUUUAGAUCAACUGAAACUGAAACGGAAACGGAAACCGAUUACGGAACCGGAAACAAACUGUCGGCCAUCGCUACUGCUCGACUGACUGAAGAUCGCACCGAAGUUCGAAGAGAGGAGCUAUCUUUGUAAACUAUUUUUUUAACCACCAGCUGCCGCGCUGGUCAUUACUUUAUUGGUCGUAGAAUAGAACGAAACGCCUGGAACGGAUCUUCAGUCACUUGAGCCUUAGCAAUGCCCCGAAAUCUUCAAGCGUUUGAAUCGCGCUGAAUGAAUACGAACAUCAAUUAGUUUUAUAUAAUCUCUAACUAUAGUUGUAGCCCUAAGUAUUUAAUUUUAAAAAUAAAUAAAUAAAUUUUAAUUUAGAUCUUAUUUAUUUGAUAUGUCUUUUAAGAACAGCUCUUGUGUUUCCAUACCUUAUCAUAAUUUAUAUGCAGCUAUUCUUUGUAAUCUAAUAAAUAAAUA